GGCGACUAAUGACGCACAAGGACGUACAGACCCAACUUCCGGCAAUUAAUUACGCACAGGCCGUAUUGCGUCUACUUCCGGCGAGCGGAUUACGCUGUGCACCGUACCGCUCCGGACAGUUCGGGAUGGUCCUCGUUAAGGAAUACCAAGUGCUGCUGCCAUGUUCCGUAGAAGAGUACCAGGUGGGCCAGCUGUUCUCCGUGGCAGAGGCCAGCAAGAACAAUACUGGUGGCGGAGAGGGCAUUGAGGUUCUGCGGAACGAGCCCUACGAGAAGGAUGGUGAGAGGGGCCAGUACACCCACAAGAUCUACCACAUACACAGCAAAGUGCCCAGCUUCAUCCAGAUGUUUGCCCCAGAGGGAGCGCUGGUGUUCCAUGAGAAGGCGUGGAAUGCCUACCCCUACUGCCGUACCAUUGUGACCAAUGAAUACAUGAAGGAUGACUUCUUCAUUAAGAUUGAGACCUGGCACAAACCAGACAUGGGAACAAGUAACAAUCCUCACGGCUUACCUCCGGAGGAGUGGGAGGAAACGGAGGUGGUGCCCAUUGACAUUGCGGACCGAUCGCAGGUGGACGAUAUUGACUACAAGCCAGAGGAGGAUCCAGCCAUCUUUCACUCAGAGAAGACAGGACGGGGUCCACUGGGGCCAGGCUGGAAGAAAGAGCUGCACAAUGGCAACUGUCCCUACAUGACUGCCUAUAAGCUGGUCACAGUUCACUUCCGUUGGUGGGGGUUGCAAAGCCGGGUGGAGAAAUUCAUUCAUAAGCAGGAGAAGCGGCUCUUCACCAAUUUCCACCGCCAGCUUUUCUGUUGGCUGGACCGCUGGGUGGACUUGACCAUGGAUGACAUCAGGAGGAUGGAGGAGGAGACACAGAGGGAGCUGGACAAGAUGCGCAACGAGGGAUCAGUUCGAGGGAUGAAGGCAGGAGAGGACUAGAGGGCAGGGAGCGAAACGGGACGGUGUUUGCCGAACCAUGACUUUACCUCAGAGUCCCAUGCGCCGCCCUUCCUCCUCAAUCCAGCAAGAAUGUGCACAUCACAAGCGCUUCACAACAGGAAGCUGUCAUCCCUCAUUCAAGACAAGACCAUCUUUGUAAGCGUGCGUGCGUGUCUGUGUCAUUCCUCUGUCUGUUUUCAUAAUCUACGCAAAGCAUGCAAGCACCUAGCCCUCGAGAGACCUGCUCCGGAUCUGUUGCUUUAUUCAUCCUUUUGUCAGUGUUUGUUUGUAUUAAUUCAGUGACCAGUUUGACAUGAUUGACCUGGAUAAUGUCUCAUUAUUCCACCACUGAGGGAGAUGUAUAAAAUGACCUGGACUGGACACAUCCCAGCUGCUUCUGUUGCUGCCAAAUUCCUGGGGUUUUACUGAAACACAUUGAGAAAUUACAUUUCAGUUUUAUUAUUGUUUUUACCUGGUUUUUUUUUUUUUGCACAUUUUGCAACUCCUGAGUUGUUACUGCAAGGUAGUGUGCCAAUGAUUCUCUCAACCCAGCCUGUGUUUUAAAAAAAAAAAAAAAAAAAAAGAUGUGAUGAAUUUCACAAUUCAUUUUAAGUGCUUCAAUGUACUGAUGACAUUAAUAACUAGGUGGAAUGAUGUGGUUUAAUUUUAAAGACUGUCAUGUGCUGUUUUCUCAGCUGAAAACAUUGAAUUGUGGGCAUGAGGCUUUUCCUUCUCCCCAAUGUUCUCUAGUCCUCCAGUGUAAUACACCUGUAAUGUACAGUUUUAACUACAUGUAAUCAGUGAGAAGCUCCUUGUUUGUCUGAAACAGCAUAUGUUUUGCCUUGGCUUGUUGUGGCUGGGUUGGUUAUAGAGAACAUUUAGAAAGUAUGAUUUACAAUAAACACCUUGAUUAUCAUGAAAUUCCUGAAUGA